AUUUCUGAACUAAUAAUUCUACUGGAACAGCUUUAAUUACAGCUCUGUGAUUUAAAAAGAAAAAAUAAUAAUAUUAAUACGGUGCUGUGGUUGAAAAUGUGGUUGUUAAUUUACUUUAUUGGGAUUUUGGGUUCCGCCGUCGGAAAUUUCACAUUCACAUAUGAUAUGGCGAUGCAGUGCAAGGAGCACUUAUGUCAACACGGCUACAACUAUGAGACAUACUACCUGGUUGAAUCAGAUCAAAGGAAGAUUGUAAGAUCGGAUCCCAGUAUAACCUUCGAAAUGCACAUCGCUAUACUAGCAGCUAGCAAUGGCCAUAUACUUCUAUCAACUGUUUCACAACCAGACGCAGCCGAUCCAGUCUAUGAAAUUGUUGUUGGAGGUGGAGGUAAUAAAUUCACGGAGCUGAGAGGAAAUUUGAAAAGGAAUGCAAAAGCGUCUGCGAAGACUGUUGGCAUUUUAUCCACAAUUGAGUUCAGGGCGUUUUAUAUUAAAAUAACUGAAGAUGGUCUCAUUGAAUUUGGUCGCGAAGGUGAUAUAUUACCUAUCUUAAGCUAUCAGGACAUGGAUCCCAUAAACAUACAUUAUUUUAGUUUCGCAGCCUGGAAUGGCGUGGAAGCGAAAUUCCUCUAUGAUUGUCCCAUACCCUUGAAGAAUGCUACAGAAGUUCCGUCAUCUGAUUCUGUAAUGGUAGAACCGAAAAUGUCAAAUUCCGAUAUGCUAAAAAGAUCACUGCUUUUAAAUAGGGAUCCAAAUAUAGCACCCAGAUCUAAAGUUACUGUUCAGUUGGGAGUAAAAAUUACAAGUAUAACGUAUGAUCCCUUUGAAACCAAAUUGCGAACGGGUUUAUCAGUGGUUAGGAAAUGGACCGACGAUAGCAUGGCGUGGAAUCCUCUAAAAUUUAAUGGAACAAGCCGCCUAACGUUCCGCCAAGGACAAAUUUGGAGCCCUAGUCUAUCUAUUUACAAUUCCGACACUAUUGGAUUUUUGGAUGCAAAAAACUCCGAACCGAUAACCAUGUUUGAAAGUGGUGAAACGAUAUUGCAUAUGCAGACUACCAUACAAACUUGGUGUCUUGAUUAUUCUGACAUGUUGACAAAAUGGCCCCACGAUGAAUACGAUUGCGUCAUUGUGAUUGAACCUUGGGAAAAUCAUGAGGAUAUAACAUUUAAGAAACUAGACCCUGAAGACAUGAAAGCUUUUGCAGAUAUCGAUGACGUGAUACAAAAUUCUUGGGAUAUAACAACGGAACAAUACAUACUGAAUUCAACAUCAUGGAAUAGCAAUUCAAGUGAAAGUGAUAGAUUCGUUAUAGAAGUAGUUUUAAAAAGACGAGCAACUGCGUUCAAUAUUGUUUUCUAUACGCCUUUAUUGGUUCUCAUGACAUUUAUUCUUCUAUCGUUCUGGACUGAGCCGUUGAAUUUAAGACGAAUCUGGUUCUACGCUGGUUGCUCUGUUGUAAUAUGUUCAGGACUGUGUUACAUUGACUUUUUAGUUCCCUGCCACAGUAUUCCUUCAAUAUUGGUUCUCUACACAGUGGUUUUGGGUGGAGUGCUUCUUGCUUUGUUAAUCCAUGCGGCGUUAAUGACGUCACUGACAAAGCGUCUGUGCAAGACGAUUACCAUUCAAAAUAUUUUAACAGCCCAGUGGUUUAGAACUCUGUUUUUCCUUCCACCGUUUAAGACUAGCCAUAUAUAUGAGACUAUAAACAAUGACUAUGGAGAAAGUAAUGAAGAUGUAAUGGAGACUUCUGGAAUUAGAAAUAUAGAAGCAAUGCAGAGUGAUAAUAAAGAGGACAACGAAUCUGUAGAAUUAGCAGAAGCAGUCGAUAAAGUUUUGUUUUUUAUUUACAGCAUGACUUUUGCUGUUAUGCUUGCUUUACAUUUUUAAAGUUACAGUAUUCAUAUAUUUAGUAUAUCCACUGUCAUGAAAUGUUGUAAUGUACAUAUAUAAAUUUUUAAUUUAACCAAAAAUAGUAAUAAAGUAUCUAUUUUGUAAAUAA